CUUAAGUGGAAUUUAAAAAAUAAUUGACUAGCUUGACAAACCUGAAAUGAGCACGACGCAACCAGCGGCUGGCGACGCAAUGCAAUCAUCGACUGAUGCGGGCAAAGAUGGCACACGUAAAUACACAGCACCCCAACAGAAGCAGCAGCAGGAAUCACUGGGAACAGGAGCAGGACUUGAAGCAGCAACGGGAGCAACCAAUCAGACCACAUCCUUCACCAUAAAUGGCAACAAUCCUCAACCGACGACCAAUACUCCCAGCAAGAAUCCCUUCAAGCAACAACUGGAGAGCAGUCAGCAGAAUGGCAACACAGUGGACACAGAAUGUGGCAUCAUGGGUCUGGGCAAGGAGCAACUGCCACCAGUGCCACCCUAUAUUCCACGACCAAUGACAGCUGGACAACAGCCACCGCCGGAUCCAUAUCGGCAAGAGGAUCCACGAGCUGCUGGCACCUGGUCAGCGGCCAAAUCAUGGAUGGUCAGCUGGCGUGGCUCCAAUCGUCUAGUGCUGGUCAUCGUGGCCAUUGCCCUGCUCCUGGACAACAUGCUGUUAACGACUGUCGUACCCAUCAUACCCGAGUUUUUGUACGACAUUCGACAUCCGGACGCACCACUCGACAGUUUCCCCCGCACACCGCUCACCCUGCACACUCCGCCACCGCCAACACAAAAUCCCUGUCCGUGCAAGGAAAACGACAAUGAGGUGGCGACCCCGAUCGAGGAAUCCACAUUCAGCUCCGAAGAUAACUUCACUUAUUAUCGCGAGCUGGAGGCACGGCACAAUGAACUGGUCGGCGAAACGGUUGAAGUGGGUCUCCUAUUUGCCUCCAAGGCAAUUGUACAGCUGCUGGUUAACCCGAUUGUGGGACCCCUAACGCAUCGAAUUGGCUACAGUAUACCGAUGUUUGCCGGCUUCGUCAUUAUGUUCCUGUCCACGAUAAUUUUCGCCUUCGGUCGCUCAUAUUUGGUACUCUUCAUAGCACGCGCUCUUCAGGGCAUCGGCUCGUCCUGUUCCUCCGUCUCUGGCAUGGGCAUGUUGGCGGAUCGCUUCACCGAUGAUAAGGAGCGCGGAAAUGCCAUGGGUAUUGCAUUGGGUGGCCUGGCGCUGGGCGUGCUCAUAGGUCCACCUUUUGGCGGUGUUAUGUAUGAAUUCGUUGGAAAAUCUGCGCCGUUCUUGAUCCUUGCUGCACUGGCUCUGGGCGAUGGAUUGUUGCAGCUGUUCAUGUUGCAGCCAUCGAUACAAAAGGCCGAGACAGAGGAACCACCUUCCCUGAAGAGUUUGAUCAGUGAUCCGUAUAUUUUGAUAGCUGCUGGUGCAAUAACCUUUGCUAAUAUGGGCAUUGCCAUGUUGGAGCCAUCGCUACCACUGUGGAUGGUCGAUAAUAUGGGCGCAACCCGUUGGGAACAAGGCGUGGCAUUUUUGCCAGCUUCCAUUAGCUAUUUGAUUGGCACGAAUCUAUUUGGACCGUUGGGACACAAGAUUGGACGGUGGUUUGCCGCCUGUCUGGGAUUGGUCAUCAUUGGUGCCUGCUUGAUCUUCAUACCCAUGGCCACCUCAAUCGUGCAUCUGAUUAUUCCCAAUGCCGGCUUGGGCUUUGCUAUUGGCAUGGUGGACUCUUCGAUGAUGCCGGAGCUAGGUUAUCUGGUGGACAUACGUCACUCGGCGGUAUAUGGUAGUGUCUAUGCCCUGGGAGACGUUGCCUUCUGUGUGGGCUUUGCUGUGGGACCAGCGCUAUCGGGAUCACUUGUCAAGUCUAUUGGAUUCGAGUGGAUGUUGUUUGGCAUUGCCAUACUCUGCUUCCUGUAUGCCCCACUAUUGAUCCUGCUGAAGAACCCGCCGACCAGCGAUGAGAAGAAGUCUUUAAUCCAUGGACGCGAUCGCUCGCAGGUACGUUAUGUGACCUAUCAAAAUUACGAUGACGACGAAUAAAAUUG